AUAGCGAUUAGUCUCGUGACAGUGAGUAGGCGACAGCAUGUCAUCGGAACGGUUUGAGGACUGCGAUGAUGACUUUAAAGCGGCUAUGGGAGACAUACGGACCGAUUUAAGAGUAAUAUCUAAGCGAACUGGAGAGCAGAAGAAGUCAACAAUAAGAAAACUAGAACGACGGGCAGAAGAUGCAGAGCGUGUGCUACAAGAGAUGGAGUCUGAAGCGCAGAUAGCGCCCGCAAGUUUUCGGAUGAGCAUGCACAGUAAAGUCGUGAAACACAGAUCUGAUCUUGAAAAGGCCAAGCGGGAAUUGAGACAAGCCAGUUCUGCUGCGUCGUCAAGAGAUGAUUUGCUUGCAGGUGGGCGAACAUAUGGAACUCAAGAUCCAGCGGUAAUUGAAGCCAGUCAGAGAAAUCGCCUACUGAAAGGCUCAGAGAGCUUAAACAGAGCAUCAGAAAGUAUUGCAAGAUCGAAGCAAGUUGCUGCUGAGUCAGAGACAAUUGGGGUGGAGACAUUGGAAGAGUUGGUUGGUCAGAGAGAACAGCUGCUAAGAGCUGGAGCAACUGUAAAGGAAACUGAUGAUCAAGUGUCAAAGGCCAAGAGAAUUCUAAUUUCAAUGGGAAAACGAGUGGUUACAGACAAACUGAUCAUGAUCACUAUCAUUCUACUGGAACUAGGAAUUAUUGGUGGUGUUGUAUACUGGAAGUUCUUUUCAAAAUAAUAAUAUAACUUGUCAACUUUGAUGCUGACUGCAGUUUGAUACAUCUGAUGACUCUAGAUUAGUGCCUCGGUUAUACAUGUAAUAUUGAAUUUGUCUGUACCAAUAGAAUUGCAAGUCUUGUGAUUGAGUGAUUUUGUACACCAAAGUAAUAGGAAUGUAUGUACUGUA